AUGCAGCGCCUGGCGACCACUCCGACGCAGGGCGUCCCUUUCUUGUCCUUUUUUGGCGGCGUCGCCGGCGGCGGCGGCGGUGCCUCCACCAGCAGCAACACCGACCCCAGCGCCCAAGCACAACAACGGAACGCGCCGUCUUCGCCGACCAGCAAGCAGCAGCCGACAAGCGCAGACGAGGAGGCGAGCAACAUUAACGCAAACGUCAACCCCUCGGGCGACAGCGGCAGUCCGCGCCAGCAGAGAGUGCUGCACAAGGAUCGCAAGCCCUCGUUCGGCCGCAGACCGUCCUUCUUCACCUCGUCGCCCGCGAAGAGGAACAGGCGCCGCGCCGACUCGGCCGCCUCGAACACCGGGCCUCCGCCCGAUGGCUACGGCUAUCAGCCCCUCGACAGCAGCCCCGUUCCUGCCCUCCCGGACCCGUCUCCCAAGACCACCGCCGACGGUUUCUCCAAGAUGAUGAGCCGCGGCGCCGUGACGCCCGUGUCCGGCUAUCCCAUACAGGAGACGGCCAACAAGAGGAUAUCCACCUUCGAAUACCUGCGCAAGGCCCACGAAGGGCGCAUCUACUGGUUCAACACGCUGCUCUUCGACAAGGCCGACCUGCAGCGGAUGCCCUACUUCGACGCCCGCAAGCUCGGCCGCCGCGCGACGAACUACCUCCUUCUCGGGAUCUCGCUGCCCGCCGUGGUCGACCUCAACUCCGGCUCGGCGCUCGAGUUCCUCCGCAGCCUCAACGCGCUGCUGGCCGAGUUCGACGCCUUCCAGCAGAUCCACACCGAAAACGGCAUCGCCGCCUCCUCGCUCACCCGCACCCGCAUCCCCCAGAUGUUCCGCCGCGCCGCCGCGCCCCAACCACCUCCCGGCCGCCUCGACGACCACCUCCGCCACCACCAUGGCCUCGUCCCUCACGGCCGCCGGCAGCGCAACCAACCCGUCCUCCCUCGGCUCCUCCACGGCGCGGGCGACGCCGGCCCGCCGGCGGGCGUGAUGGCGUUCGGCGCCAGCGAGGUGGACCUGCUGCCGGGCGAGGAGUACGCGUACCUGCUGACGCCGACGCUGCCGUUCGAGCCGGACUUCUUCGAGACGUUCGCGACGCUGUGCGACGUGCUGGCGGACACGUACGCGCGGCUGCUCGGGCUGGUGCCGACGCCGCGCGAGUGCGGCGGCGCCGUCGGCGAGCUCUUCACCAAGGCCGACGCCAAGAUCAAGAAGCUCUUCAUCCAGCCCGUCGUGCGCGAGUUCGAGGACGCCGGCCGCGCCGGCGUCAAGGCCGAGGUUGCCAACGUCGGCAGGGUCGUCUUGAGCGGGUUGAUGUGAAAGGUUUGGGUGAUGAUGAUUUUGUGUGUGAGGGAAAUGGAGGUAGGUCUCUGAAACUUGGGGCGAACCAAGAGGGCUGUGCGGCCCGGAGGGUUGGUUAAUGGUUGGGGGCGGGCUUUUCUGAGCAUGGUGACCGGGAGGAUGAGGAGGUGUCGUGACGAACGGCUGCGGUGCAGAAAGAGGGAUGGGCCACCCAACCCCCUCUUUCGCGCUCCAUGACGGAGACUCGGGCUGGCUGCCUACCUGACGGUGGCAUGCGUGGGCGUCGAGCUCAUGGACUCCGAGCUCCCUGGCGGCUUGACGUGCGAUGACAUCCCCGCUUCUGCUGUCGCCCUUGACUCGCCCAACACGAAGCCCCCCUCCCAGAAGCCCUUCGCGCCGUCGCCUAUGAACAUGACAUGGUGAUAACGGGUUGGCGUUGGAACAGGAGCAUCGGGGGCAUGGCUGAUAUCCUAGCAUAGCAUUUACGGUAGAUAGAACGGAAUGCAUGAAUUCGGAAUCUCGC